AUGGCUAACGAAAUAGGCAGAACUGUAGUGGGGAAGGUAAUCAAGUUGAAUUCGUUGUGGAAGGCUGCCAAGGUAAGCGUCCAAAGAAUGAAGUUAGAUGAAAAUACGAACGUGUACAUAAAUUGGGAAAAGCAUUGUUGGGCUUCCGAUCCGGAUUCCAAGGCUAAUGUGGGUGACUUUGUUUUAAUAAAACCCCUAGAAAAAAAGGAAAGAUUACAAAUAGCCCACUACUUGAAAGAAAUUAUUUUCCCAGUUGGAAAUAUCGUAGAGCCAGUUACUGGGAAAAGAUGUAGAGGAACUGAAUAUAUUGAUGAAAAAAAUCGAAACCUUUCCUAA